AUGAGCUUGUCCUUCCUCCUCCUCUUCCUCAGCCACCUGAUCCUCAGCGUCUGGGCUCACGGGGAGAAGCGUCUCGCCCCCAAAGGGGAACCCGGACCCGCUGCACCGGAGGGGAACCCGGGAGGCUCCAGCAGCAACCCGAGCAGCGGUAGCACCACGUCUUCCUCUUCUGCCUCCUCUUCCCCUGAGGCUUCUCCGGGCAGCCAAGGGAGCGGCUUGGAGCAGAGCAGUUUCCAGUGGAGCCCCUCGGGGCGCCGGACCGGCAGGCUCUACUGCAGAGGGGGCAUCCGGUUUCAUCUACAAUGAUAUAUAGAAGAGUCUGUGUUUUAUUUUGGGAUUUCUGUCAUUCUAGGUAUUUUGGAAAUAUUUGCUGUGUCUCAAGGGAUUGUAGGAAUACGAGGAGUUUUCAGCAACAAAUUUUUAGCGAUGUCAAAAAAAGGAAAACUCCAUGCAAGUGCCAAAUUUACAGAUGACUGCAAGUUCAGGGAACGAUUUCAAGAAAACAGCUAUAAUACCUAUGCCUCAGCAAUACACAGAACUGAAAAAACAGGGCGGGAGUGGUAUGUGGCCCUAAAUAAAAGAGGGAAAGCGAAACGAGGCUGCAGCCCACGGGUUAAACCCCAGCAUGUCUCUACCCAUUUUCUACCGAGAUUCAAGCAGUCGGAGCAGCCAGAACUUUCUUUCACAGUUACUGUUCCUGAAAAGAAAAAGCCACCUAACCCCAUCAAGCCAAAGGUUCCUCUUUCAGCACCUCGGAAAAGUCCUAACACAGUGAAAUACAGACUCAAGUUUCGCUUUGGAUAA